ACCCUGUCUCCUCGACAGUGUUCACCGAGGCCGGAGGUGCUCUCGCUGAACUUGCAGCAUCCCCGUUCUGGAAUACUCACUCGGUUGUCAAAUUUGGUGCACCUCUUUCCCCCCAGAAUUAAAAUAAAGCAUUAAAGAAGUUAAAUUAAUGCCUGGUGGAUUGGAUGGUUUUAUAAUUUAAGAAUGUACGACAGCAUGUCCACAAUGGUGUACAUAAAGGAAGAUAAGUUGGAGAAGCUCACGCAGGACGAAAUUAUUUCUAAGACAAAGCAAGUAAUUCAGGGGCUAGAAGCUCUGAAGAAUGAGCACAAUUCCAUUUUACAAAGUUUACUGGAGACACUGAAGUGUUUGAAGAAAGAUGACGAAAGUAAUCUGGUGGAGGAGAAAUCAAACAUGAUCCGGAAGUCAUUGGAGAUGUUGGAGCUUGGCCUGAGUGAGGCACAGGUUAUGAUGGCUCUGUCCAAUCACCUGAAUGCCGUUGAGUCAGAGAAGCAGAAACUGCGUGCGCAGGUCCGCCGUCUAUGCCAGGAGAAUCAGUGGCUGCGGGAUGAAUUGGCCAACACGCAGCAGAAACUGCAGAAGAGUGAGCAGUCUGUGGCUCAGCUGGAGGAAGAAAAGAAGCACCUGGAAUUCAUGAACCAGCUGAAGAAGUAUGACGAUGACGUCUCCCCGUCCGAGGACAAAGACACCGAUUCCACCAAAGAACCUCUGGAUGACCUUUUCCCAAAUGAUGAUGAUGACCCCGGUCAAGGAAUUCAGCAGCAGCACAGCAGUGCGGCGGCAGCUGCCCAGCAGGGUGGCUACGAGAUCCCGGCGCGGCUGCGCACCCUCCACAACCUGGUCAUCCAGUACGCCUCACAGGGGCGCUACGAGGUUGCCGUGCCCCUCUGCAAGCAGGCCCUGGAGGACCUGGAGAAGACCUCCGGCCAUGACCACCCAGACGUGGCCACCAUGCUCAAUAUCCUGGCCUUGGUCUACAGAGACCAGAAUAAAUACAAAGACGCAGCUAAUCUACUGAAUGAUGCCUUGGCCAUCCGUGAAAAAACUUUGGGCAAAGAUCAUCCUGCGGUGGCAGCAACUCUGAAUAACCUCGCAGUGCUUUAUGGCAAGAGAGGAAAGUACAAAGAAGCCGAGCCGCUGUGCAAGAGAGCCCUGGAGAUCCGGGAGAAGGUUUUGGGAAAGGAUCACCCUGAUGUUGCCAAGCAGUUAAAUAACUUGGCCUUACUGUGCCAGAACCAGGGCAAGUACGAGGAGGUGGAGUACUACUAUCAGAGAGCCCUGGAGAUCUACCAGACGAAGCUGGGGCCUGACGACCCCAACGUGGCCAAGACGAAGAAUAACCUGGCAUCCUGCUACUUGAAGCAAGGAAAAUUCAAGCAAGCAGAAACCCUGUACAAAGAGAUCCUCACCCGUGCGCAUGAAAGGGAGUUUGGUUCUGUUGAUGAUGAAAAUAAACCCAUUUGGAUGCAUGCUGAGGAAAGAGAAGAAUGCAAAGGAAAGCAGAAGGAUGGGGCAGCUUUUGGAGAGUAUGGAGGCUGGUACAAAGCCUGCAAAGUUGAUAGUCCAACUGUUACAACUACUUUAAAAAACCUUGGGGCACUUUACAGACGUCAAGGCAAAUUUGAAGCUGCAGAAACAUUGGAAGAAGCGGCCAUGAGGUCACGUAAACAGGGUCUUGACAAUGUUCACAAACAGAGAGUCGCUGAGGUGCUGAAUGACCCUGAGAACACGGAGAAGCGGAGAAGCCGGGAGAGCCUCAGCUCGGACGCGGUCAAGUACGAGAGCGGCCCUGACGGAGGGGAGGAAGUGAGUAUGAGCGUAGAGUGGAGCGGGGAUGGCACUGGAUCUUUAAAACGCAGUGGUUCCUUUAGCAAACUCCGGGCUUCAAUUAAACGCAGCAGCGAGAAGCUGGUUAGGAAGCUGAAGGGAGGAAGUUCCCGAGAGAGUGAGCCAAAGAACCCCGGCAUGAAGCGCGCCAGCUCUCUGAGUGUCCUUAACGUGGGUGGCAAGGCAGCCGAAGACCACUUCCAAGUAAGGAGCCGGCCCCGCCCACACCCUUGCUUCCGGGACCAGGAACGAAAUCAUUGUGUGGCAGACUGGCGAGCUCUGAGUGCCAGCCGCACUGACCUGGCCCACUGAGGGCCAAGGCAGAGCUAGACUGAGCCCCUGGGGCUCACGGAGCAGACAGACCCUCCCAGCUUGCCAGUCCCCUCCCCUCUCUGCAUGGAAGGCCCCAGGGGCGCUUCCUUUCCUGGGUGGUGACUGACCUCCACCAGCCUCAGGAUGUCUGCCCCGAACUGUGUUCGGUGGCCUGCAGUUCUAGUGACGGAGAGCUGCCGAAACAUGACGGUGACCCUGGCCAGGCGCGGCAGCCGGCUGCAGCACGCUCGGAAUUCGGCCGCUGCUCACGGACACUUGCCACAGCACCAAAAUCUGCUUUAAAUUGUGAUACUGUAUUAAGGCUGUACAUUAAGAUUGGAGCUUUAAACUGCAUCCUUUGAGAAUAAGAAUCUAACAGCCCUUGGCAGUGAUGCCUGGGAUUUAGAGGAAUACGGGAGACACGAGAGGCUGGCGGGAAGGCCUUCAUCCCUCCCGGGUCUGCUGCUCAGCCCAGUGCUGCGGUGUGGGGCUUGUGGGGCUCCCGCCGCCCCCGCCCCACACACUCUGGGCACCCACCUGGCCCCUGCACACUGCAGGGUUGGGGGGAGCACAUGGAGAUGCAUGCUUGCUUCUUAAAAAGCUUUUCUUUGUAGGGUUAAGUAACACAGGGUGGGUUCUGACAGGACUGUUCUCAUCAACCCUGAGGCAUUAUUCCUUAAGGGAAUGUGUAAGAUUCGCUGGCAGGUUGGGAAAUUACCUGACAGAUGCCGAAGUGUAAUUCCCGAUGUCACGUGUGCACAGGGCAGAGCCACGCUGACCUUGAGAAAGCCACAUUCACUCUGUCUGGGUUUGAAAGAGGGUCUGGAAAGCUGUGAGUAUCCUUCUGAAAUGCUGCCAGGGUGAUCUUAUUUUAGUGUUUGCGCAGAGGUGCUGUCACAGCAAAGGCCACCUUUCCCUCACGAACGCACUGGGCUGGGGAGCGUGCUCCCCGGGACUCACUCUAGGGGCGCCCUUGGACUGCCUGUGUCCUUGGGGCUGAGGGUGUUGUUAACAGUGAGGCUGAGACUUGUUUAAUGCUGGGUCACCUCGUGGCAGAGGGCACAUGUGCUUGUUUGUGACGUGUGCAGGGCCCCCCACAUGUGGUUCCGGUUUGUGUGUGGCUUCCACGGCCUGCCUCCUCUGGCCGCGCUUCUUUUCCUCCACUCUGACUCCACUUACGCUUGGCAGCCUCUGGCGGAUCAGGGCCUGACUUUCUAAAUGUUCUCUGGAGGUGUUUAAGAACAUUUGAUGGGUUGUGAUAACCCCUGGGGAAAGGCAGGAAGCGGAGCUGUCCUCAUGUGGACUGGGCACCGGCUCGUUCGUUCAGGUCUGCUCUGAGGUGCAGCAGGGCCAUGUGGCCAGGCCCGGGUGCAGGGCAGGGCACCAGGUCUGUGUGUCACAUUGUAGCCGGGAGAGGGGGCCAGGGAGCUGUCCCGCCUCCUCGCGCGCCAUUUGAGGUCUCUCCCCAGCCAGAGCUGGCCCAGCCCGUUUGGAGCCCACUCAGUUUCCCUUGGGGACAGUUCUUGCUGGAAAAACAAAGGGCGUUUAGAGAGAGUAAAUGUAGGGGUGAGAACAGAAUUUCAUUUUAAGUUCCCAGUUGGUGGAAAGAGACCAUCUCUGCAGGGGCCUUGGUUGAACCUGACCCGGCCUUGCGCCCGCUGGCCCCGGUUUCUGCUGAGGGCGGCGGUCGCCUUUGCGUGGCUGUGUGCAGACGGUGCUUGGGGGAAGAAACCCAGUGAAGUCGGGUCGGCAGAACCUUCACGGUUCAGAGAGGGUGUUACGUGGGAAGCUGCAGUUUGAUUUUUGAAC